UCUGUCGAUACUUGUGAUCCAACUAAGAUUGAAAUAUAAUGAGUUACAUCUACAUAUCCAAUAACCGACUCCACUUUAUUAAACAUGAAACUUUACAGGAAAAUUAUUUCAUUACUUCAUCAAGUCAAUGUCUUAUUUUCGAUUAUUUGUUUUACUGUGUAACUGAAACAUAUCCUAUAUUAUUGUAAAUAUACGGAUGAAUGACCUGUCCCUGCGCACAAGGGGUUACUUCAAAUAUCUAACAAACUGUCCGGCAAAUAAGAAAGAAUGGAAUCGAGCAGUGCUUGUUUUACACAGAGACCCGAAAAAUACCGUUAUCACGGCUGACUUACAAGAUACAGAAUAUGAAACGCUAGAUCUACCUGAUACAAAAAUAAUCAUCCCAUUAAAUUCUUUCAAAGUCUGUCGAAAACAUAUUGUUUCUGGCCAUACAUCAAUAUCUAAUGAUAAUAGUCAUCCUAACCAGAAGCAUGCUUCAAGCACUGUUAAGAGUGCCAUUCCAUGUAACCAAAUUCAUCUAAGUUCGCGAUUUUUAUUUGGUAAAAAGCAGUUGUGGCUGGGUUUUACAUCUCUGUUUGAUCAAGAUAUAUGGUAUUCAUCUUUGAAAACUUUGGUUACAAAGCAUAGAAACAAAAAAAAUACUUUAAAUGGUCCUGAUUUACUACGGACAUCUGCAUUAAGUUUAUCCCAAACAUCGGAGUUGGAUUUACUUGCUUCAGCCUUGCCAAAUAUUUUAGAUAAUGAAAUAUAUGAAAGUACUUCUGCCCAAGAUACAUUUUCUGUCUACAUAAUUCACACAGAAAAGUCAAAAGAUUUAGGGUUGUCCGGUCGCUACUUACUACGUAUAAAAGAAAAUGCAUUUGAACUACUUGAUUCGGACACAUAUUCAAUGGUAAAAGUAUGGCCGAUCAAAUAUGCGCGCAAAUUUGGUGUGUAUUCCAAACGUUUUUAUUUAAUAACCGGAAGUGGGUGUGAAGAUGGUCGCGGAUUGUUCAUCUUUUUAAUAGACAAUGCUGAUAAAUUUCAAUCAAGAUUAUUUCGUCAGAUGAAACAACUAACUAUCCAGUCUCAGUUAUCUAGACGUGUUACGGACUCUAGCAAAUGGAUAAUAGAACAAGAGAUCAAAAAGGAAUCUAAUGAAUUUCAUUUAAAUGAAACAAAUCAUUGUUGGUUUUCGUCAGAGCCUAGAAAAAAGAAAAAUAUUCUAACUUCUCUCAACUCAAUCGAUCCGUUGUUGAAAACUAAACCACGUUCCAACUCUGUUAAUGAGUUUCUACUACAAAAUAUAGAAUCACAUAAUUUUCAUCAAAGGCAAAAUUCUUCAAAUAUGUUACCAAAAGAAAUCUCUGUCUCAUUGGCUUAUGAUAGCGAUGCAAAGUCUUCAUCAUCAUCAUGGAUAUUUCCAGAAGAAAACUUUAUAAUAACUUCUGGUAAAUGUUUUGCUGAACGUUCAUGUCAAACUGCAUUUGAAUUAAAUACACCAGAGCAGUUAAAACAUUCUAGUAAUGCCAAUUCACCACGAGUAACUGUAGUAAGACAACAAAUGAGAGAAAAAAACAUGAUUUACAAUAAUUAUAGUUCUCAAGAAACUUUCAUCUCAGAAACACUGUGCGAACGUGAAGAUGACAAUAUUUGCCGAGAAAAAGAAGAGGAAGAAGAUAAUUUAAGCGAAGCUUCACAACCCGUUUAUGUUAAUGCUGAACAAAUUACCAAUACGAUGUUCAACACAAAACAUUCAACUAAUCAUAAUCAAAAAUCACUAACAAAUAAUGGUAACAAUGAGGAUGAAACAACUGUAACAUCAUGGUACGUUUAACGUAUUCUGGUGUAAAUUUGGUUUUCUUCAUUAGAUUUUAAAUAGUCAAAAACUGUUAUAGCCAAUGAUUUUACUGUACCAUCUACUAUAGACGUCAGCUGUCAUUACUACAAACUUUUCCUGAGACUAUAGCCAAGAGCCAAUAAUCUUUGUUCAGGAAAUAAACAUCGAGUUUACGUGCAUAAAGUGUAGAUAAAUUUUAAGAAUGGAGAUACAAACGAUGACACAAAGUAAUUUUAAGUUUCAUAAAUACUCGUUUAAUAAAAGAAAUGAAAGCGAGAUUUUAUUCUUAAACGUUGAUGCACACGCAAGUUUCCCAAAGAUGUAUUACUUUUUAGAAUAUAAAAUAAAGUCCAACAGACUUCUCGUUAUAGUUGGGACUAUUCACCAUAAAAUUAAUAGUUGUAAUGAAUGUGACAAAAAACGAGCUAAGUCAUUACUUUUGAAGUAGAAUCAAAUUAUACAUUUUGUCAUAAAUGAUAUUAUGUGUUUGAAAACAUAUAUAUAAUAGUAUAUUGCGAUUCUAGAGAGUAUGCUAAAAUCCACACGUAGCGUGUUAUGAGCUUGUGUAGUGGUAGACCCAGUCUUGUAAUUGGAUUAAGAUUGAAAAAAUUCGAUAAUCUUGGAGUUCACGAUAGACAGUAUAUUGGUCUUAAAAAGAACAGUUUUUUGUCCUGUUUAUUAAUUAUACAAGACCUAUGAAAACAUAGAUAAUCCCGUAAAAAUGAAUGAACACAGUAGAGCCGAAUGAUAUAAAGAUAUGAUUAAACCGUUAAAUCAACAAAACUAAACACGAUCGAACCAUAUACUUGAACUUAUAGUUUUUCUAUCACUGGGAUUUCAUUUUUUAUGCAUAUCAUAGACGUAUUGACUCAGCAAUUUUAACAAUCAAUGUAUUUUGAUUCUCAACAUACCUUUCUUUAAAUUCAAAACGAGAUAUUUCUUUUUUCCCUGAAAAUUAUCUUAAGUCAGACAUGCAGAUAUCUUUAUUAAUACAAGGGCUGCUUACACUUUAUUAUAGCCUCAAACAUGAGUACUACCAGUAUGACGAUGUUUACUGCGUUUCUUUGAUCCGUUGUCAUGGUUUUUAUACCCGUUAAUACUAAUAUACAAAAUAUUUUUGUACCCUAUGAUUUUAUUCAGUCAACUUUUUAAUGGUUAGCAUUUACGAGUAAUAUGUUGUGAAGUCGAACAAACUAUUUUAUGCAAAUUAGACUAGUAAUAAAUCGCAUGAAUAAAUCUUAAAACAUACAGUGAAUAUUGAUUAGGGUAUUCACAAGUGGAAAAAAUCUAGUGUUUUUAUUUUGUAAUUUGAGCCUUUUGUUUGACUUCAGUAGUUAAAAAGGGGGGAUUGAUUUAUUUAGAAUUGGUGAUUGAAGCUUACUUUCUAUCUUUACAUUACAUACUUAUAGAAACGUACAACUAAAUCCCUAUAUUCACUAAAUAUAUUGGUUAUUUAUGCAUUUUGUAGUUAAUUAUUUAUUCAUUUGUUUCUUUCCAUUGUUCUUAGUAUUUAGUCACUGAUGAUGAUUCAGUAUCUAUGUUUUAGUAAAUACUGUAACACAGAUGAUUUAGUUUUAUUCAGAAAAUAUUAUUCUUAAGUUGAUAGUUUGAUAGGUAUUGUUUUCUAGCGGUGUUUAAGUUCGUUUGUUUAAGUAAACUUAUUCGGCUUAUAUGAAUUUAAUUAAGUCACACGGACUACAGACCUCUGUUUUAAUCUGACCGAAUAAUUUAAAAAUCUCCUGUGGUCUGCAAAUAUAGGUUGUUGUCCCUCGCAUCUCCGCUGCUUUUUCAUGAUGAAUCGCUCACCAGUACGACUGAUUUAUAACCUCAUAUGUUAUACAACAGUAUGUUGUUAGUUAUUGACACUUUUAUAUCGCCAUUCCCACUUGGUAACGAGAGGUUUGAAAUUACAAUCAAGUGUCUGAAAUAUCUAACGUAUCAGUAAGUUUCAAAAACAAUUUGCAAUGAUCCAUAAUUUGUGUAGGUGAUUUUAUUUAUGUUUCUAGUCGUUAUAAAUGUGGUUCCAAAAUUUUUAUUAACUUCUCAACCCUUCUGGAAAGGUCCUUGGCCAUGGACACUUAAUAGUAAAACGCUUAGGACUUUAACUAAAAACUAUGUGUAAACACUAAUUUAAGUGUAAAUGCACAGCUUUUAGUCGACUGUAAUUUCAAAUUGAACUUAUUUAAACUUGUGUCGGUUGAGCACUGAACUCAGAUUUUCAGCAUGCCCAGGACUUUUUCUAGGUUGAGAAAACUUCUUUUUCAGAUUAGUCGACGUUUACCUCUUUUUUCAAAAUUGAUGCGAAACAGAAUAUGUUCCGGCACUAUACAUUCAGAAUACUUCUUUAUCCAAAUACCUCGCUUUUAUAAAUUGAAAGGUUUUCAUCAAAGUCCACGAAGUAAUAGAAUGAGUUCUACGCCAACUUUGGAUGCUUAUUAAUAUCAUUUAUGCUCUAUAACAUUUGGUUAACGCAUAUACAAAUCUAAUCUGCUUUCUUCACAUUUGAGAUGAUUUCAUAAUCAGUGACGUAUUAUUAUAGACUGUGUUCUUUUUUGGUUCACUUUCUUAUUGUUAUUUAAUGAGUUAUUGAUUGAGGAGAUACGUGAGAAACAGAAAAUGGGGAACUGCAGAAAUCAGUUGGAGCUGUUAUAAUGAAUAAUUCAUUUAAUUUCAGGCUAUUGUAGAAAAUUUAUUCUUAGAUAUAUGAGAACGUCCUCCGAUUUCACUAUACUUACAAAUUUUGAAUUACAUAAUUUAAACAGAACGUCUGUUUCAACAUGUACCAUACGAGUAAACUAAACUUUUAAAAAUAAACCUGUUUAUUGAUUUGCAGUUAAGGAUGUGAAAAUAAUUCAAUUAAGACGUGCUUUAUGCAUUUGUUAUCAGAGAUUCAGUAGAGAGAUGAAUGAAUAUAUAAAGCGGUCGCACAAAUUAGUAAUUUUUCAUUCACAAAUACGUCUGAGUGAGUGCUUGGCUGAAAAUAAUACUUGAGUAUUUCGGAUCAAUAAUUUAGAGAUUUAAUUAUGCACCACUAAUUGUAUAUCCAGGAUCUAUGGAAAUUUUAACAAGUUCAUAAAAACUCUCUGCAAUAAUUAAGUCUAUGCUGGCAAUCAAAGCCAAAGUAUAUCUAGCCCCUGGAUUAGGUAUCUAUUUCUGAAUAUGUAUGAGGUGAAGGAAAUGAUAAUCGAAGAGUAAAGUUUCAGAUUUUUUUUAAAAAGUUGAAUUUGGAGAAUAAAAAUAGCGAAGGUGAGAGAUAGAAAAGACGAAAGUUUAUAUCUAGCAGAAUAAUAAGACAGAACAUGAAAAUUCGAACUCUGUUACGAGCUCAUGAGUUAUAGAAGACGAUAACGGCACUAAGAAAAAAGUAGUUGUUAAAAUAUUUGUGUACAGAAAUGAACGAUCUUUUCUAGUGAGAAAAUAAACAACAUUUAAGAAAGAUUGGGCAUAAAAACGGGUUAAAGGAUAAUGUGGUGAAGCACGUAAGAACUACACUAAGAAAUAAUUCAGUCAUAAAAAAUAAGUUUUCGAGCAGAACUAGUGACUAAUCAACGCUUACUUAACUGUAAGACAAAAUACCGUUGAAAAUACUAUGAUCGAAUUUAUUACAGUUACAACAAGUGAAAUGAAGCGUGAAUUUUACCACAUACAAUAAUAAAGAAUCAUCGUUUAUAUUUGAUGAUAAUAGGACUAUCUUGAUGAAGAUGUUUCUUGAAAUGUCAGCGUAAAACAAGAUUUUGUAUCUGCUUCAAAAGGUAAUCAUUUACUUUUUUGAAACUCUAAUAUUAACUAGAAAAUUUUGAAUGUUUUCAAAGUAUAAUUAUUAAAAACAUCAUCUUAUAAUUCCUCAUAGGUCAACACAAAAACUAAUCUAAGAUGUGUAAAAAUAACAAAAUGAAACAAAACAUCUUACAGUCAUAUAAGAUUUCAGAAAAAAUUAAGUUUAUUUAACCUUCUGAAAUGGUAAGAAAUACCCUUUCAGAUCAACUUAUUUCAGUAACUCUGGAUGUUUAGUCAGUAAAUCUAAUUUAUUCUACAUCAUGUUAUUAAAACUAGGUGGACUUUUAACAAGUAUCGAAUGUUAUAAUCUAUUUCUCAUUUAAUGUACAGAUAAAACAUUCUUAUCCAUUUAAUUUACAGUUAUAUAAUACCUUAUUUUCUUUAAUUUCUGCACCUAUUUAAAGCUCAAUGAAUGUGAACUCACUAAUGUCAGCAAUAAGUGAUACGUCAGCUCUAUCAACGUCAUCAUCAUCUACUUUAAUAAAUAAACCAGUUAAUAAUUCAUGUUCAUAUACAAAAAAUUGGAAUUUUGGUUACUUAAUUGAACCAAUAAUGGAAAAAGAAGAACAAAACUCACAUAACUCAUCGAUAUCCGUUGGUAAUGAAGAAUGUAAUACAGCUUAUAAAGAAGAAUGUGAUGGUUUAGUCACUUCAUCAACACCAGACAAUGAUAUAGAUAUAAAGGAGAUUAGCAAUACUUGCCUUAGUAAAUCGCCGGCUGAUGAAUUAGAAGAUACAGACGAAGAAAACGAGUUGGUUUGCGAAAAUAUUCAGUUAACAAGAGAAUUUAAAAAUAUUUUAGAAGACGUGAAAUUCUAUCGAUUAGUUUCAAGAUCUGCUACUUGGGAUGGAUGGAUGAAAUUGAAGACAAAUAUAAAACAAGAAGCUUCGUCACAGAAAGUUAUUGUACAAACAGAUACCAACAUUGAAAAUGAUAAUAUUACUACAGUUAUUACUAAUACUAACGAUCAUCAUGAUAGCCCUGAAAUGAAAGAUAAUUCACAUGUUGUAGUGAUGACAGCAUUUUGAAUUGAAUAACGGUGGUGUGAUUGGUAAUGAGUGAACUCACCGUUAUUUUCUUGUCAAUUUUACUCAUCAACUAUAUAUUGGUUUAUUAUAAAAACAUACUUAUGAACUGGAAGAUUUUUCAUUUCGUUACAGGUGCUCUCAUGUGAUUAAUAGUUGUAUACAAGACGAAAAAGGGAUCCUGGGAAUUCAUAAGUAUAUGAUUUGAUUUAUAUGACUUUUUAUUUAAAAAAAUACCUAAAUUUUGUUGCACACAAGAUUUUGAAAUUAAUGGUAAAUUCAAUGAAAGCUUGUUAAUAUGAUUAGGAGUUAUUAAAUACAAAAUUAUGAUGAUCAAAAUAUAUAUUUCUGAACAUUAUUAUAACAGCGUAUGAAAUAAGAUCCAAUUUAUUAUCUUCAAUCGGGAUCAUUUUUACCAAUCAGAAUUAAUUCAGUCCUUUCUAAAGAGUAAAAUGCUAUUCCAUUUUAUCUUGUUUUGAUUCCUUAGACAACUAGUAUAAGGUUCUGUUUUUAUCUUUUCAAAUAAUUUCGUUCAGUGAAUAACUUUUAGAUAAAGCAAUUUUUAAAUUCUAG